CUUAAAGUACUCAUUGUAUGCUCUAGAAACCCCCCCCAAAAACAUUUAUUGUACAUCACUGCCACUUUCUAACAGACGAUCUGUAUCUCCCUGAUAAAUUCAAAUAUGGAAAUGUCAGAGUGCACUGCAAUGAUUUCUUCCCCAGACCAGUACCACUGUCCUUAUCAUCUGGAAACCUUGUCCAGGAUGGAUCAAUUGUUUGUCUUCAAAGAAGAAUCCAUGGAAGAAUGUGCUGCAGAAGUUUGCUGUGGAAUAAGGCCUUCAAAGAAAUUUAAUGUGAAUGAUGACACCGGAAAGAAGGUCUUCAGUAUUAUUGAGGACAGCGAGUGUUGUGAAAGGCAAUGCUUUGCUGGUGGACGUUUUUUCAUAAUGAAUGUUACUGACCUCACUAAUCAAGAGGUCAUCAGACUGGUGCACCCAUUUGUUUGCUGCAGCCAGAAGUUGGAGGUUCAGUCUCCACCGGGCACUACCAUUGGAUAUGUUGAACAUAACUUACAUGUUUGCCUGCCUAAAUUCACUGUUGCGAAUGAACGAGGUGAACCAGCAUUUAAGAUAGAGGGACCAUGUAUGGGUUGUACCUGCUGCACAGAUGAAAACUUCGAGCUGGUAUCUUUGAAUGGAGCAGCACUAGACAGAUCAUUUGGGAAAAUCAGCAGAUCUUUCUCAUACAGUGGACCAAACGCAGGUGCAAAAUUUGUGCUGAGCUUUCCAAGACACCUGGAUGUCAAAAUGAAAGCUACUGUACUGGGAGCCUGCAUGCUUAUUGACUGCAUGUAUUAUGAAAAGCCAUCAUAAAAAGAAACCUUACUGUAGGCCUGCUUGAGACAAAAGAAAGGAUAAAAUACACACGUCUGACUGCUUGCCAUCCUCCAAUAAAGGCUGAAGGGAGAAGUAUAUAUGACCACCUCUUAAGACAAAAACAUAAACUAAACCAAGAACACUGCAAGCGUACCUGUUUAAACUAAUAAAAAAAUAAAACAUUUA